GCUCCUGCUUGUUAUGCGCCCCUACAGCGGGUUUGUGAAGCCGUCAAACCGCUGACUAGGUUCUCAUUUUACCAUUAAGGAAACACGGAGCAGCAUUACAGUCCAUUAGUCUUUUCUGAAGCCGUCUGUCAACAUGGGUAAUGGCAUCAAUAAGGUCCUACCUGACUUGUACUUGGGAAAUUUCAAAGAUGCAAGAGACAGAGAACAGUUAGCGAGGAACAACAUCACACACAUCCUGUCCAUCCAUGACAGUGCAGCUCCUAUCCUCCAGGAGAUGACCUAUCUCUGCAUUUCAGCAGCUGACCUGCCCACACAAAACCUGACACAGCACUUUAAACAGAGUAUAAUGUUCAUGCAUGAGUCCCGCCUGAAAGGAGAAGGCUGUCUUGUUCACUGUUUGGCAGGUGUGUCCCGUAGUGUCACCCUAGUGGUAGCAUACAUCAUGACCGUGACAGGACUGGGUUGGCAGGAGGCACUGGCUGCGGUGAGGGUGGCUCGACCCUCUGCUGGCCCUAACUUGGGCUUCCAGCGGCAGCUUCAGGAGUUCGAGGCUACUCAAGCUGAUCAGGUCAGCCUUGAAAAAACCCUGCAUUACAGAUUCAGAGAGUGGCUACGGAAGGAAUAUAAGGACAACCCCCUCGAUGAUGAAGCUGAUAUACGUGACUUGCUUGCCAGAGCUUCCAAAGUCAAUGGUGUGGAAAAACAGGCAUCUACCCCACCUGGAGGUAUCUGAGAUCUUUCGUAGAUCAACCUGGAGGCUUAUACCCUAUGGUCACGCUAUAGUAUUCCGGACCUGUCCAGAAAUGUAAUGUGCUUUGGAGUGGACUACUCUCAUGGCUACUUGAUCAAGUAAAAAUCAUGGACACGUACAAUGGAGAGAGAUCCAAUUCAAACAUACAGCACACAUUAUUUAUCAUUAAUUAAAUCAUGCAUCUGCUGCUGUUUUUUGUUUUCUAAUUUAAACAGUUUCGAACUGUGUGUUUUGUACAGUGUUGCUACAAUUUCAAAUUGUGAAAUAAAAGGAGUCAAGUG